CCGGCAUAAAUACCCGGACACCCCCGCGACUCCGCCAUUACUCUGCGCCACGAAGCUCGCUCGCCCGUGCUCCCUCCCCCAAGGACACACAGGCCACGCGCAUCCAGCACUCAUACAGAUCGGCGAGGCCGACUGGCCUAGAGAUUCAGGGGAGUGGAUCAGGGCAGGAGGAGGAGAAGUUUAAUGGGGAGGGCUCCGUGCUGCGAGAAGAUGGGGCUGAAGCGGGGUCCCUGGACGGCGGAGGAGGACAAGAUCCUCGUCGCCCACAUCACCAGCUUCGGCCACGGCAACUGGCGCGCGCUGCCCAAGCAAGCCGGCCUGCUGCGGUGCGGCAAGAGCUGCCGGCUCCGGUGGAUCAACUACCUGCGCCCGGACAUCAAGCGCGGCAACUUCUCCGACGAGGAGGAGCAGUCAAUCAUCCAGCUCCACCAGCUGCUCGGCAACAGAUGGUCAGCGAUCGCCGCCAGGCUGCCGGGGAGGACGGACAACGAGAUCAAGAACGUCUGGCACACGCACCUCAAGAAGCGGCUGGAGCCCAGCGAGCAGGAGCAGCACGAGCAGCAGCCCGGUGCCCCCAAGAAGCGCAAGCCGUCGGGCCCGCCGCGGAGGCGCGAGGCCAAGGCGGCCAGGAAGGCCGUUGCAGCCGCGCCGGUGUCCUCGCCCGAGCGGUCCGUCUCGUCGACGGUGACCGAGUCGACGUCGGUCGCCUCCGCGGCAGCAGAGCACGGCGGCAGCUCGGGGAACUCGGCGGGGAGCUCCGUGUCGGUGAAGGAGGAGAGCUUCACCUCAGAGUCGGAGGAGUUCCAGAUCGACGAGAGCUUCUGGUCCGAGACGCUGUCCAUGCCGCUCGACGACAUCAACGAUGUCGGCCUGAUGGAGCCGCAGGACGCCUUCGGCGGGGGCAAGUCGUCCGACGGCGACAUGGACUACUGGCUCAAGGUGUUCAUGGAGGGCGAAGGCGACGGCGGGGAUGCCGACGUGCUAGACUUACCGCAGAUGAUUUAGGGAGGGAGAGAGGGUUUUAGCGGCAGUUUCUUUGCUCCUGAUUUAAUUGUUCUUUUUCUCUCUCUCUCGCACUGCAUCGGAGGGAUUGCUAACAGAGAAGAGUACCCGUGCCUGUGGAGGAAAUUAGUCAGAAUCAUCAAGCCCGCCCGGUAGCUUUUGUUUGAUCGAUCCUUCUUGUUUACUACCAUCUUGUAUGUAUAGAAAAGAGGAGAGACCAGCGAUCGGAACCCCAAGCAUGCAUUCUGAGAGAGAUUCUCUCUGCACAAGCAAGGUUCAAAUGUUCAUGUACCAUGGAGAUUAUCUAUAUCUGAAAUGGGCUCUGCUCUUCUCAUUUGCUUAA